AUGACACUGAAAACCAAUACCUCUCUUUCAAUUUUUAUUUCUGAAGUAAGAAAUUUAACAAAAGAGUCUUUUAUUAAAAAAGUUAUAGCAGAAAGAAGAAAAUUAUACUUAGAUAAAAAUAUUACUUAUUCAAAGAUCCUUUCUUUAGUAUAUUUUGUUAUAAAUGAUAUUGAUGUAGAUCCAAUUAUUUUUGUUAAUGCUUGUGGUUCAUCUGAUUUUGAUGUCAAAAAGGCGGGAUAUCUUGGUUUAACGUUGUGUAAAAAUUCUAAUCUUCUUAUUUUGACAGUAAACACUGUAAUGAAUGAUCUUAAAUCACCCGUCUUUAGAGAAUGUGCUUUAAACUUUCUAUGCAAUAUCCAAGUAAAACAGAGAAUUUAUAACGAUCUUUCCAAUUUUAUCUGUAUAUCAAGUACUGCCGAUAAAAACAUUUUAAAAGGUGUAAUUGCCAAGAAUCGACUAUCAAAUUUAAGUAAAAUAUCCAUUGUUGGAAGUAGUGAUACACUAGCCUACGUUAAGGUACAAAUUUUAUACGAUAAAUUGAUUGAUGGAGAACAAGUAGAUUUAGCAGAUAAUGAUAUAUUUUUUGUUAUAUCUAUUUAUAAUACCGUUAAGUGCCCCUUUCUUAAAGUAAAGCUUGUUCAAUUAUAUAUUAAAUUUUAUGAAAUGAAAAGAUUAAUUCCUAGAGAUUCUUUGUUUUUAGAUUUGCAGGCCGACAUAAUAAAACCCAAAGAUAUUGUUAAACCAUCUGUUUUGAUAGCAUUAUCAACUGUUAUUAGUGAGUUUUUUAUUAUAAUAGAUAAAAUUAAUAGUAAGAUAGAAUUUUUUAUUUGUCGAUUAAUAGAUUCAAAAAAUUGUAAUUCGAGAUUAAUUGGGUUUAAUUUAGCAAAAAAAUACGGGUUAUUUAGCAAUAAACUUAUUGAUAGAUCGAUUAAACUUGGUAUAAAUGUAAAAUAUGCAUUUUCAACAAUAGUUAAUUUAUUAAAUAAACAAAAUUAUAAAGAAAUUUACCGAAGAAAAGAAGAAAUGAGAUUUGUUAUGGAUAAACAUAUGAUUGAUUUUAAUGAAUCAAACGAAAUUAUACUUAACUUGUUGUUAAAUAUAUGUAGAUAUGCAGAUGAAGAUUUUCUAGUAAAAAUCUUACUUAUUCAUCCUGAUUUAGCUUUUAAAAAGGAUAUCAGCUUAAAGCUUUCAGAAAAAUCAAAAUGUGAAUUAUUCAACAAAAUUUUGAGUAAUCAAAAUGUGGAAUCAAUAUAUUUAUUUUAUUUAAUAAUUCCCAAUAAUAUAAAAGACAGAAAAUUUUUAGAAGAGAUUUUUACGACUCACUUAACACUAUUGAUAAACAAAAAAUAUCCUAAAAAAGAAAUUGUACUCGACAAAAUGAUUUUUUCUAUUUGCAAAUAUAAAAAAUUGGAUUUUUUUGCAUUAAAAUUGAAAGAAAUGUAUAAGGAAUUGUUUAAAAAAAAUCCUAAACUAGAAAUUUUACAGAUCAUUUUAAAUGGAAUUUUUCUAUUCAAUGCGCGUGCAGAUACAAAAAUACAUUAUAUUGAUGAAGAUUAUUUUUUCCAGUACAAAAAAGUAAAUCAGGAUAUUUUACAUCUUGAAAUGAUUGAAAACUUUAAUAUUGUAAAAAUUACAAAUGAAAUAAACGAAGAUGUGCAUUUUAAAAAAGAGGGCAUGAUUUAUACUUGUGACGCAAAAAAUUCACAAAAAAUACAAAUAUUUAUAAGAAAUUUAAACAAAACUUAUACAGCAAAUAUAUAUUUAUAA